AAUAAUAAUGAUAAUAAUCCCCAAAAAAUCACACUCGCAAGUCUCCACGUUCAAUUAGGGUUUUACAUGCCAAUCUAGGGUUAAUUGAACAAGAAGAAGCAGCAAUCAUGUCAAAGCGAAAAUUCGGAUUCGAAGGGUUUGGCAUAAACCGCCAAGCAACGUACAACUUUGAAAGAUCCCAAGCUCCGCAAAGGCUCUACGUCCCUCCCUCCUCUCGCCAAAACCACGAUAACUACGAGGAUACCGACCUUGACAACAUCGAUUACGACGAUAAUGAUGCCGCCAAGGAGAGUGCAGAAAAUAAUGGCUCAGCUGCCGAAAUUGACCCUCUGGAUGCGUUCAUGGAGGGAAUACACGAGGAGAUGAGGGCAGCACCACCGCCGAAGGCUAAGGAGAAGGUGGAGAGGUAUAAGGAUGAUGAUGAUGAAGAGGAUGAUCCUAUGGAGAGUUUUUUGAGGGCGAAGAAGGAUCUAGGGUUGACGCUGGCCGCAGAUGCACUUCGUGCUGGUUAUGAUUCCGAUGAGGAGGUUUAUGCAGCGGCAAAAGCUGUGGAUGCGGGGAUGCUGGAGUAUGAUUCUGAUGAUAAUCCGGUUGUUGUUGAUAAAAAGAAGAUUGAGCCGAUUCAAGCUCUUGACCAUGGUUCUAUCGAGUAUGAGCCUUUUAGCAAGGAUUUCUAUGAGGAGAGCCCAUCGAUUUCAGAGAUGAGUGAGCAGGAUGUUGCGGAAUACAUGAAGAGUCUGGCUAUCCGUGUUUCAGGUUUUGAAGUUCCAAGGCCAAUUAAAACAUUCGAAGAUUGUGGUUUUUCACCACAACUGAUGAAUGCUAUUGCGAAACAAGGGUAUGAAAAGCCUACACCAAUACAGUGCCAAGCUCUGCCGAUUGUGCUUUCCGGUAGUGAUAUUAUUGGUAUGGCUAAGACAGGUUCAGGUAAGACUGCUGCUUUUGUACUUCCUAUGAUCGUUCAUAUUAUGGAUCAGCCUGAACUCGAGAAAGAAGAGGGUCCGAUAGGAGUAGUAUGUGCGCCUACUAGGGAAUUGGCGCAUCAGAUAUAUUUGGAGACAAAGAAAUUUUCUAAAUCGCAUGGGAUACGGGUCUCUGCUGUGUAUGGUGGAAUGUCCAAGCUUGAUCAGUUCAAAGAACUCAAGGCGGGGUGUGAGAUUGUUAUCGCUACACCUGGGAGAUUAAUUGAUAUGUUAAAGAUGAAGGCAUUAAAUAUGUCGAGAGCAACUUACUUGGUACUUGAUGAGGCUGAUCGGAUGUUUGACCUUGGAUUUGAGCCACAAAUAAGGUCUAUUGUUGGUCAGAUUAGACCAGAUCGCCAGACUUUACUAUUUUCAGCUACAAUGCCUCGCAAAAUUGAGAAGUUAGCUAGGGAGAUCCUCACUGAUCCUGUGAGAGUUACAGUGGGGGAGGUUGGAAGGGCCAAUGAGGAUAUUACUCAGGUUGUUCAAGUCAUUCCUUCUGAUGCGGAGAAGUUGCCUUGGCUUAUCGAAAAGCUACCCGGGAUGAUUGAUGAGGGUGAUGUUCUGGUUUUUGCUUCUAAGAAGGCUACUGUAGAUGAUAUUGAGUCACAAUUGGCUCAAAAGGCGUUUAAAGUUGCAGCCCUUCAUGGUGAUAAAGACCAGGCUUCUCGGAUGGAAAUUUUACAAAAAUUUAAAUCUGGUGUCUAUCAUGUUCUUGUUGCAACUGAUGUUGCUGCUCGUGGACUUGACAUCAAGUCAAUUAAGUCUGUGGUCAACUUCGAUAUUGCAAGAGAGAUGGAUGUGCAUGUGCAUCGCAUUGGUAGGACUGGUCGAGCUGGUGAUAAAGAUGGGAUUGCAUACACUCUUAUAACUCAGAAAGAGGCACGGUUUGCUGGUGAAUUGGUUAACAGUUUGAUUGCUGCUGGUCAGAAUGUCUCUGUGGAACUUAUGGAUCUUGCUAUGAAGGAUGGGAGAUUCAGGUCCAAACGUGAUUCCAGAAAAGGAGGUGGGAAAAAGGGUAAAGGGAGGGGUGGAGGCAGUCGAGGUGUACGUGGAGUGGAUUUUGGUCUUGGCAUUGGUUAUAAUCCAGAAUCCAAUAGUACCUCAUCUCCUGCUGUUACAAGUCGAUCUCCUGCUGUUACAAGUCGAUCUACUGCUGUUAAUUCGCUGAGGACGGGGGUGAUGGCACAAUUCAAGAGCAACUUUGUUGCAGCUACAUCAAACUCCCAAAGUCCAGGCUUGAAUACCAGUUCAAGUGUUUAUGCUAACAAGAGACCAGCACUGCGAGGAUUUGUCUCUGGUGGUUCAAUUGGCGGAGAUAUGAAUAGACCUCAGACAACCAGUUCAUUGGCUGGAUUUGUCUCUGGUGGUUCAAUUGGAGAAGAUAUGGAUAGACCUCGGACAACCAGUUCAUUGCCUGGAUUUGCCUCUGGUGGUUCAAUUGGAGGAGAUGCAACUCAAACUCGGACAGUCAGUCAGAACUCUGGAGGAAAUACAAGUCAGAAGAAUACAGAAGGUUCCAGAGAUAGAGGGAGAGAAAGGCGGAGGCCCUCUGGUUGGGACCGUUAGAUUCAUGAACAGUCACAGAACUCUCACAUGGAUGAUGCAUGUCUUUUCUAGAAGCCAAAAUGAUCUUGUUUGAGCUUUUAUGCUUAGCGAGUUCCUUGUGCACUGGUUUUGUAGCUUGCUCCUAAUUAUGUAUCAUGCCAUAAUUGUUUUUAUGAAAGUUAUAUUUCCUGCAUAAUAAUCAAAUAUGAUUUGAUUUUCCAUCA